AUGGGUGAUCACGCCAAUCAGGAUGAUCUCGCUGCGGCUAUGGCACUCAUGCAGCAGCAGAUGCAACAGUUGCAGCAGACCGUUCAAGCGCAUGAACAAGCUGCCCAACAUCAGCAGGAACAGUUGGAGCAGGCUGCUCCAAUCGGGCAGAGAAACCUUCCUUGCAACAUCCCUACAACUCGUUCUGCCAUAGUUCCUCCACCCCGCACCAGGCAGGACUUCGAGAUCAAGCCUGCUUUGAUCGGUCUAGUACAGAGGAAGGUGUUCUCGGGUCUCUCGACGGAAAUUCCAAUGGAGCAUAUUGAGAGCUUCGAAAAAAAGAUAGAUGAGCUGACUGCCAAGGUUGAUCAGCUACUGAAAAACAAUCAAAGGCACGUCUUCAGCAUGGAGCAAGCUACGGCCGGGCAGAUUCAGAACCAGAACCAGCGACAACCGUUGAACAAUCGGCAAGCUGUUCCAGCUACCGGGAACAGUCAACCAGAUGAGCUGAAGGGUCUGGGUAUGAUGUUGCAACAAAUGUUGCAGGGUCAGCAGGUUCAGGCCAAGGCGUUGAAUCAGGUAACCACGGAAAUCGACACCAGGAUGGGCAACAUGUUCGCUGAACUGAAUGCCAAGUAUGACGCUGUUGCGAGCCACAUAAGAAAGAUCGAUGUUCAGCUCGCUCAAAUAGCUGAGAGUGUUAAGAGGCAGCAAUGUAUGCUCCCUGGAAAAACUGAUAAAAAUCCUAGGACUGAGCACUGUAAUGCAAUCGAGCAGCCAUUCGCUGAGACUAUUGUAGGCGCAGAAGAGAACACAGAGCAGUCUGCUAGCUCUGGAGCGACAGCUCCUAGCGAACCUGCUGAAACUGCAUCAGUGCGAGUCUAUGUUCCUAAGGUUCCCUAUCCAAUUCCACCAAAACAUUUGAUGGAUCCCAUUAGUGCAGAGCGGCUGGCUGGGUAUAGGAAGAUGGUGAGCAGAUUUCCUAAAGAGAUCACAUUUGAACAUGCUUGGGAGAUUCAGCCAUUGUGUCUGUUCUUCAAAAAUUGCAGAGAGACUCAAGAGGAAAUUAAGGCUCUCUUUACUGAAGCACUGACACCAUCGCUGAAGGUGCUGCCUAAGGUUGAUGACCCUGGAAAGUUUGAUUUUCCUUGUUCCAUUGCUGGAGUAGAGUUCAAAGAAGCUCAUUGUGAUUCUGGGUCUAGUGUGAACCUUAUCUCAAAAGCGAUUGCAGACGAGCUGGGCAUUGUUCAUGUUAAGCCUUCUCAGGUGAAGCUGAGUUUUGCAAACUCUUCCAUGGCAGUCCCUUAUGGAACCAUUGGCAAUCUUCCUGUCCAGGUUGGGGACUGUGUGCUCCAUACCGAAUUUCAAGUUGUUGAGAUGAGGAUCGAUCAUGAGAUGCCUUUGAUCUUUGGAAGGUCAUUUAUGGCUACAGUGGGAGCAAUCGUCGACAUGCCUAAUAAGAGAAUCUCCUUCUCCAACAUCAACAAGAAGGUUUUCUACAAGGCUGUCCCAACCAGAUCACAAAUUCGCUACGCCUCUUGCAUCUCAGUGGUUAGUGGAGAACAGUUGGAAAUUGUUCCUAAGAAGGAGCUUGGUAAAAAGGGUGAGAUCAAAGAAGUAUCCUCACACUGA